CCGGCUCAGACGGACGAUUCCUUUACGAGUCGAACAUCGCCAGUCUGAUCCAAAUUGGUCUCUCGCUCCGGCAACAUGCUGCCCGCUGCUCUCCGCAUCUCAGCCGCCGGUAUCAGAAGUUUAGCACGGACACGGCCUUCUUACUCAGCCUUGGUAGCCUCUCGAUGCUACUCCCAUGCCAAAGCAGAGACAGAUGAGGAGUUUGAUGCUCGCUGGGUGACUUACUUCAGCAAGCCCGACCUUGAUGCCUGGGAGCUGAGAAAAGGCAUGAACACUCUGAUUGGUUAUGACCUGGUCCCUGAGCCUAAGAUCCUGGACUCUGCUUUGAGAGCCUGCAGGAGGUUGAAUGACUUGGCCAGUGCAGUCCGCAUUCUAGAGGCUGUCAAGGACAAAUCAGGGCCACAUAAAGAGAUCUACCCAUACGUGAUCCAAGAGCUUCGCCCCACCCUUACUGAGUUGGGUAUCUCUACCCCAGAGGAACUGGGGAUCGAUAAGGCCUAAACACCCUCAUUCAGGACAUGUCUCCUGAUUUAUCUGACGAGGUUGUUUAAAGCACUUAAGUUUCUGCCUUGUUCUUUAUGUCCGAUGUUCAUAAAGCCCUGUGCUGUCCUGUCAUGUAUAAAAAUUAUGGACCUAAUAAACAGAGCAAUAUCUAA